AACCUACUUAAUGGAGAUGUGCAGUUUUUCUGCUCGUACAAUGGGCUUCUGAGUGUUUCACAGCAUGGAUAGAAGCGUGCAGUGACGUCCAGUUAUUUAGUAAAGCUCAUUAUCACAUGUGGAUCCCUGCACUCCAAUGGGCUAAGAACAUAAUGAGGCUCAGUCAGUGCAACUGGGUCAAGAAAGACAGCUAGAGACACAGCACAACAGCCCGGCAGUUUUCUUCUCAUCUCUGCUCUAUUUUAUGCCCCAUGAACAUAAAAUAUGACAUAUCUAAUAAAACAGCUUCUAGGUGCACUGCAGUGUGUGGAUGUUUGCCCCGGUUUCAUCGAAUGGACUUUAAUCACAUUAUGAGCCUGAAUUUAUCAACCACUUGUGCGAAUAGCAUCAACUUGUAAAAGAUCCGAAAAGACCCUCCGCUUUCUCCCAUCCACUCCACUUCCAACCCCGUUGCUAUGACCUUGCCCGUGCCAGUGCCCCUGCCCUCCUACUCCCAGGCUCGGGAGAACCUGGUCAAGGCCAUCCCCCACAAAGUCAUCUGCCUGCUGGCCUGCGGAGGAAGGGACUGCCGCUACGAGGACCCGGCAUGUUGGAGACCCAGCCAACAGGCCAUAAAAGGGAUCUUCUCCACCUGGGUGACCGAUGACAUCGUGGCUAUGGCCCGGCCGUCGACGUGGCUCAUCAAAAGAUACAGUAUCAUAGAUCAGUUCCAGAAGCUCAGCAUCAAAUCCAUCAUCAACAUGCAGCUUCCCGGGGAGCACGCCCACUGCGGACCCCCGCUGGAGCCGGACAGCGGCUUCUCCUACUCCCCCCAGGUGUUCAUGGAGAACAACAUUUUCUUCUACAACUUUGGAAUGCCGGAUUUCGGGGUGUCGUCCCUGAGCAGCGUGCUGGACGGCGUGAAGGUGCUCUCAUUCUCCGCCAAGGAGGGCAAAGUGGCCGUGCACUGCCACGCUGGACUGGGAAGAACAGGUGUGCUCAUUGCGUGUUACCUCAUCUACGAGCUGCGCCUCAGUCCCAGUGAGGCCGUCCACUACGUGCGCAUCAAGCGGCCGCGCUCCAUACAGACGCGCGCCCAGAUCAACAUGGUCUUCAACUUUGCACGCCUCCUGGCCACGCAGCUCGUCCUGUACCCCAACCUGGGCCACCGGCACGGCGCCCCCUUCAGCUUGCAGCAGCAUCUGCGCCGCCAGGCGCUCCUGCUACACGGUGAGGAGGCGCGUUGCCUGAGGAGCGUCCCCAAGGUGGUGGACUUCCUGUGUGGGAGGCUGGCGGCGCUGGCCUGGGGACACAUCUUCAGCCAGGCUGGGUGGGUGGAGCUGCAGAGGAGGGCGGCAGUGCUGGAUCUCACCAAGGUGGUGAGGGACACCUUGGUGGUGAAGAAGCUCCUGCCCAUCCUCAGAGACCCUGGAGCACAGAAAAACUCUGCCAGCUCGGUGUCCUCCUGGGACGAGCCGGAAGGCUUCCUGGAGCGAAAGAGGGAGGUGCUUCUCAACAAGAGGAGUUACAGCGAUUCGGACCUCAGCAAGAUCGCCCUGCUGGAGGAUAUGCAGAUUGUGCAGUACCCUCCAGUGCCAGAGUGGGGCACAACUCUCAGCACAACGCAGGAUGCAAAGGCACAGAAGCAAGUACCUGCAUCCUCUGAUGGGAAUGCUGCCAGAAAGGACCGUUGCAACAACCAUGCAAACAAACAGAGCCCAGGUCUCCAAACCAAAGGCAGUGGCAGCUGCCCCAGAAGGACAAAGUGCACAACUAAAAGGGAGCAGGCAGCUGUCAAAUUCACUUCCAGCAUAGAGCUUCGCAAGGAGCAACGCUGCUCCAAUCUGGUUUCGGUGUCGCAGGCUGUUGCCAGAGCGAUGGCGGAGCAGGACCCCCUGGGUGAGGACACCCUCCAGAGGGCGGCAGCACUGCAGGAGGAGCUCAAUGGAAACGAGUGCGGCUGGGCAACACUGGCGAUGGAGUCCAAUCCCGGAGUCCUCAGCUGCCUGCUAUGGACAUGGCUGGAAAAGCUGAGAGAGCCUGUUCUGUCCGCAGCGGAUGUGGACCUGCUGAGCUCCAGCACACAGGGAGCUAACAGCCUCAGUGCACUGCGCAAGGAGCAGCACGAGACCAUCAGCCGCCUACUGGGCUGCGUCAGCCAGGUGACCACGUUGUGUCCGUCGCUGGAGGACGCCGUGCUGCUUCGGCUGCUCCGUGCCCUGACCAGGUGUCCACAUGAGGAGAUGAUGAGAUGCUGCUCGCUAAGGAGCCUCCUGAAGCAUAAAGUGAGGGAGAUGCGGCAGGACCUGCUCAUGAGAGCCGUGGACAAGGCCAGCAGAAGAUCGAAGCUCAGAGCGGAGCACAGUUGAGGAGCAGUGGCUAUAGGGGGUGGGGGUGUAAAACUCAUAUCCAGAAUUCCAGCCGUGUCUGUAGCUCAGUUAUUAUGACGAGUCAGCAGUGUAAAAACACAGUUGUGGAGCUCGACUCAGGUUACUUACUAUGUUCACUUUAUGCUGAGCUGCUGUUAAUCCAGAGAAUGUAUCAAAUACACUGAGUUGAGUUACCACCUUUCCCUCUGUAGUUCAUUUUUAACUUCAUGAUAGAGAGGGUCCCAUGCUGUAUGGACCCCCCCAAUCGUUGUUUCACAGAUAUGUUGCUUCUUGUGGCCUUGUCUCACUGUAUGGCUGUAUAAAUCUGUGGUAAAGAUUUAUCGUAAUGUUCCGUACCAGACAAGUAAAAUGAGUGACACUUAGUCCACAUUGAAAUAUUUUUCCAUUAUUCCUUAUUUCAGGUAGU